CUACUGGUUUAUCUGAGUAAAAUGUAAGUGUGAAUAUUGAAGGUCUGUGUGUCUUACUUUAUAAUAUAGAUCAGAGGCUGUAAACGGAUGAAUAGGAGUUUUGGCAAGUCUCACAAGAGACCCCAGUUGAAGUUUUGAAAGACACCAUCGCUGGAGGAUUAAUCAUGGCCCGUCAACGUUGGGGAAAAAGAAUCGAGUUUUUCCUUACUGCUGUCGGAUUUUCCGUCGGUGUCGGCGACUUAUGGCGGUUUCCCUAUUUGGUUAUGAAAAAUGGCGGAGGUGCCUUUCUGAUACCCAUUGUCAUCUUCAACGUGUUUGGCGCCAUUCCAAUCGUGUACCUCGAGAUGAUAAUGGGGCAGUACUCACAGUCAGGGGCUGUGUCCGUGUGGAGGGUCUGUCCGCUUUUCAAAGGCGUUGGAUACGGAACGAUUAUCGCGACGUUCCUAUUCUCCAUCUACUAUGCUGUCAUCAUUUGCUGGAUGUUGUAUUACUUCAUCCACUCUUUAUUCCCGAAACUGCCUUGGGACUCGUGUGAUAACGACUGGAACAUCCAGGAAACAUGCGUAAAGAUCAGAGUUGUUGAAGAUAGCGUUGCGACCACUAUGGCGAGUAACGUAAGCUCCAUCACGUCAACAUUGUCGCCCGCACUGACGUCAACGGUGUCCAACCUUACGACGGCUGCCGUAGCUAAGAUGAAGCCGGAAACGGCUUCCGAGCAGUUCUUUAAGUACGAAGCGUUAAAGAUAUCCGAGGGUCUUGAGGAGCUGGGCGCCGUCAACUGGCCUAUCUUUGGCUGCCUCGCCGCCAUUGAGGUUGUCUGCUUUCUCUGUAUAUUCAAGGGCGUCAAACUCACUGGAAAGGUUGUGUACUUUACGGUGCUUGGGCCAUUCGCUAUUCUUCUGGUGUUCCUGAUCCGGGGCGCCUUGCUCGAGGGGGCAGAUAUCGGCAUCAAGUUCUAUCUGACACCAGACCUCGACAAACUCAGUGAUAUUUCCAUAUGGGCGGAGGCGUGCAUGCAGGUAUUCGUUUCUAUCGGGCCCGGGUUUGGAGGCAUGAUCACAUUCGCCAGCUAUAACAAGUUCUCAAACAACUGCAUGAGGGAUGCUAUCCUGGUGUGUCUCAUGGACCUGCUGACAGGUUUCCUGGGUGGUUUCGUCAUCUUCUCUGUGCUGGGUCACGUUUCCCACAAGACUGGCAUCGAAAUCGAGAAUUUCAAAGAGUCGGGGUUUAGCCUGGGGUUCAUCGCGUACCCGGAAGCCGCCAACUACCUUCCGCCGCCUCAAUUGUGGUGCGCCCUCUUCUUCGUCAUGAGCAUCUUCCUGGGAAUAGACUCACAGUUCCCGAACUACGAAAUAGUGGUGACAGCGCUGCGUGACGAGUUUUCCAAGCUGCUAAAGGGAAAGACGACCAUCCUCACACUGAUCGUUAUCCUGGCCGCCUUCCUGCUGGCCAUACCAAUGGUCACUGAGGGCGGUAUGUACCUGCUUACAUUGGUCGACUGGUACGCUGCCACAUUCUCCGUCACCAUAUUCGCACUGACAGAACUUCUUGUCAUGACGUACAUAUACGGAAUCAAGAACAUUGAUCAGAACAUGCUCGAGAUGACGGGAAGGCGGGUGCCCAUAGUCUUCAAGAUAUGCUGGCUUGUCAUCACUCCCAUACUUCUUACGGUGACACUGGGUUUCACGGUUUACACGUAUUCUCCCCCGGCGUACCAGGGAUACGUGUACAAGCCGUGGGCGGUUGCCCUGGGUUGGUGUAUCGCCGCCGCCUCCAUCGUCCCCAUACCCGUCUACAUCAUGUACAGUCUGUAUAAUGGAGAGGGGACCAUACUGGAGAGGCUGCGCGCGGAAACGCGGCCCAAUGAGCUUUGGGGUCCUCCGGCUGAAGUUCGGGAACUGGAAGGGAAGAAGCACGCACACUUCGCCCUGGCUAACCAGACUCUCGUCGUUCAGGAUGCUGAGAAAUCCAAGGAAGGGGACGCGGCCGUCGUUAACGGCGGUGAGGUCGCUUAUUUGAAGAAAAACAAUGCUUUCGACAAUCCAAUGUUCAAUACACGACUUUAAUCGUCACAUGUGAUAUGAAGAGUUUAAACUGUUACACAUGCACACAUAUUAUUCACACACUGUUUUAUAUAUAUAUUUAUAUAUAUUUGCAUUCAUUUAUUAUGUUACGGACAUAUAUAAACAGAUGAAUUGAUUUGUAUACAUUUACUUCCGUUG